GUCAUCAUUGGCGGGAUGUUUCCUGUCCACAUGAGCACUGCUUCCAGCGAUGGCAACACUUCACGGCUGCCUGUGUCCUCAGGGUGUGAGGGAAUGAAUUACCGCACCUUCCGCUGGACCCAGACUAUGCUGUUUGCCAUCAACGAAAUAAACAACAUGGAUGAGCUGCUGCCCAACACCGACCUGGGCUACGUCAUCUAUGACUCCUGCUUCACCAUCUCCAAGGCCGUGGAGGGCACCCUUACAUAUCUGACCGGCCAAGACGAGGCAGUACCCAACUACCGCUGUGGCACGGGGGCUCCCCUGGCUGCUCUCGUGGGUGCAGGGGGAUCCGACUUGUCCAUCGCCACUGCCAGGAUACUGGGACUCUACCUUUUUCCACAGGUCAGCUACUCCUCAACCUGCUCAGCCCUGAACAGCAAGUUCCAGUUCCCAACCUUCCUGAGGACCAUCCCCAAUGACGAACACCAGUCGACCGCCAUGGCCCAGCUGGUGCUCCACUUCGGCUGGACCUGGGUUGGAACCGUUGCCGCAGACGAUGACUACGGCAAGUACGGCAUCAAAGACUUCAAGGAGCAGGUAGAAGAGGCCGGCGUCUGUAUCUCCUUCUCUGAAACCCUGCCUAAGGUGAAUUCUCCUGAAGACAUCCGGCGAAUUGUCCAAACCGUUAUUGAGUCCACCGCCAAGAUCAUUGUAGUCUUUUCAUCAGACGUAGACCUCAGUCCUCUGGUGCUUGAGCUGAUCCGGCAAAAUGUGACCAACCGCACGUGGAUCGCCACCGAGGCCUGGGUCACUUCAGCUCUCAUCAACCAACCUGGAGUGAGCUCUGUGCUGGGCGGCACCAUUGGCUUUGGGGUUAAGAGAGCCGACAUUCCUGGUCUUCAGCGACACUUACUGGAUCUGGACCCUUAUGCUGACCCGCUCAAUGAGGAAUUCUGGGAGACGCUGUUCAACUGCACAUUAGACUAUAGUAAAGCGUUAAGAAAGGCCAAAGAGAGGGCCAAAGCGUUCAACGGGACAAUAUCCAAGGCAACACGGGUUGUUCCUGGCGGUUUGUGUACCGGCAGUGAGUCCCUGGCUCAGCUCAACAACACUUACUCUGACAUCUCCCAGCUGCGGAUCACCUUCAGUGUGUACAAAGCGGUGUAUGCCGUUGCCCACGCCUUACACAAUCUGGAGCACUGCGAGCAGGGACGGGGGCCAUUCAUUGGAAUCGGUUGUGCUGACAUCACCAAAUUUGAACCAUGGCAGCUGAUGUACUACCUGAAGAACGUGCGCUUUAAAGUUCCACACACAGACGAGGAGGUCUACUUCACUGAUGGAGAUGUGGAGGGCUUCUAUGACAUCAUCAACUGGGUAGUCGACGGUAACGGAAUAAUAUCUUACGUGACUGUCGGGCACUACAAUGGUUCCGCGGCCCCAGAGGAGAGGAUGACCAUAAUGAAUGAUUCCAUUGUCUGGAACAAUGAAGCACUGGAGCCUCCUCGGUCAGUGUGCAGUGAGAACUGCAAGCCUGGCACCAGGAAAGGGAUCCGACAAGGAGAGCCGGUCUGCUGCUUUGACUGCAUCCCGUGUGCCGAUGGCGAGAUUAGCAACAUGACGAACUCGCGUGAGUGUGUCUUGUGCAGCGGUGAUCACUGGUCCAAUGACGCUCGUGAUGCCUGCGUGCCUAAGAUCAUCGAGUUCCUGGCCUUUGGAGAGCCACUGGGCAUCACUCUCAUCGUCAUCUCUGCCUUUGGAGCCCUCGUCACCAUUGCUGUAGCGGUGGUGUUUGUUGCGCACAUCAACACUCCUCUGGUCAAAGCCAAUGACGCUGUGCUGAGCUUCUGUCUGCUUUUCUCGCUGAUGGUGACCUUCCUCUGCUCCGUUGUCUUUCUGGGAGAGCCUCGCCACUGGAGCUGCAUGACCAGUCAAGUAGCUCUGGCUCUGGGCUUCGCACUGUGCCUUUCCUCCUUGAUGGGCAAAGCAGCAUUGCUGAUGCUGAGAGCGCAGGCUAAGAAAGCGGCCCGUGCAAAGGCCAAGGCCGCUGCCAAAGCUGCGAAAGCCGCAGCUGAAGCAGCAGCCAACACUGGCAGCCCUGACGUCAUCACAACCAACACAACAAAUCUCAGUCACGUCACUGCUCAUGUGAAGCCUGACAGUCUCAACUUUGCACACCAGAGGUUGAUAACUGCUGUGGCAACCUUGAUUCAGGCUUUAGCUUGUACCGUGUGGCUCAUCAUCCUGCCGCCCUAUCCCGUGAAGAACACCUCAGCUCAGAAUAUAAAGAUCAUUCUGGAGUGCAAUGAAGGUUCUGUGGUCUUCAUCUGUUGUAUCUUUGCCUACGACAUCCUAUUGGCUCUGCUGGCCUUCAUCUUCGCUUUCCUAGCUCGAAAACUAGAGGACCACUUCAGUGAGGCCAAAUGUGUGACCUUUGGCAUGCUGGUUUUCUUCAUCGUGUGGAUCUCCUUCGUCCCAGCUUACCUUAGCACACGAGGCAAGUUCAUGGUGGCUGUCCAGAUUUUUGCCAUUUUGGCAUCCAGCUUUGGCCUGCUCACUUGCAUCUUCCUGCCAAAGUGCUAUAUUCUCCUGCUCAAACCUGAACGCAACACUGAGGAGAUGAUGCGACCCCAUGACAAACAACGUGAUGGAACCUCAACUGGGACCUCGGCGUCACUCGCCACCGCCGCUACUGAGGUCAACGCUACAGUCGCAUCAACCGCUAUUGAUGAUUAG